AUGUAUAAACUCCUAUGCCACCUUCUCAUUUGUUCCAGUCUACCGUACCUGAUAGAUGCCGACGACGACACUUCUACAGUACCACCUACCGUAACCCAAACUGCCUCAACACAAAAUUCUGAGGCUACAGUACCCACUACAGUAUCCCCUACAGUAAACUCUACUACCGUACCUACUACCCCUGGAAAAUGGUACGCCAGUUCUCAGGUACUGUACCUGAAUAAGUUGGUGGCAGGAUCGAAGAAAGUGAUGAGUGAUAUUGAGCCUGGAUCGCAGCUCUAUCUAGCUUCCAACGAUGAUAUUGAGAAUUUGAGAAAUAUUUCGAUUUCUUCAGGAACUCUCAAUAUAACUCUGGACGAACUUUACGACCUCGACUCAAAUGGAAAACCAAAAAACUUCACCAUCACUGACACCCUAACUAUUUUUGUGCAAGAUGCCAAUUUGAACAUGACUAAUUUGACAGGAGUCUACUAUAUAACAACUAAGGAGCAGGCUCAAGACCCCACCUUCCAUGUCUACGUCAUCAAGACCAAACACAACAUCACCUCUUCUGAUGAUUCUAAUGGAACUUUUAUCAUUCUGAACACCCAACUGAUAAAUUUUCAUAAAGAAGAUAGUGAUGCUCCUCAGAAAACCUCAUUUGUCUCCGGGAUAGUUCAGCCGGAAACCAGUGUUUUGUGGUUCCAUUGGGGGCUACCAUCGGCAACGAACGGUGGGGAGGCGAAUCGAUUUUUUGCAUAUCCAAUGAAGUUGGGGACAGAAUCACGAUUCUUCACUCAUAUCGAGCCUCUCCAAGUCCCCCUCGACUAUUGGCAUUUCCGAUCUUUUGGAAAAUUCGAUUUGACCAUUGAAAAUCGGUAUCAGAGGAGUCAAGUCUACACUACAACUGGAAUAGAUACCACUGGCAUCGUGAUAAAUAACGGGAAAUAUUUCGAGCACAAUGUGAAAUUUCUGAAUAUGUCGACAAAAGCGAGGACUAGUGGGGCAGUGAUUUCAACCUUUCCCAGUUCCAAGGACUUCAUUAACUUCACUUUUUCUGAUAACUUUGGAGCUUCAAACUCUGCCAGCUUCAACAACGAGUCAAAAGAAACCCAUUCCAUCCUCUCCACUACCAUCCAAGCCACCGAGCUAACAAUCAGUUCCACUAGCUUCACCCCUGGAAAAUUCUACUGUCAAUAUUAUGGCUACUCGGGAGACCUUUUGCCAACAACGCAAGGAACUACUGUGAUAACUAUACAGGGCAACACUACAGUAAUUGCGGGUAACAGUACAGUAAGCACUACUCCAGGGAGUACUGUCACUACUGUCACUACUACCACAUCUGCAACAACGACUAUAGGAACUACCACAGCUGGGGGAAACGGACAAUUUUCAAUUUUUGUAUGGGUUUUGGUUUUAUCAUUGUUUUCUGUGCAGGAAUAA